AUGGUGAAAAAAAGCAAAGGUCGCCAAAAGAUAGAGAUGGUGAAAAUGAAAAAUGAAAGUAACCUUCAAGUUACAUUUUCGAAAAGAAGAUCUGGACUUUUCAAGAAGGCUAGUGAGCUUUGCACACUUUGUGGUGCAGAAAUCGCCAUAAUUGUGUUCUCACCUGGUCGAAAAGUGUUUUCUUUUGGCCAUCCAAAUGUUGAAUCUGUUAUUGAUCGAUUCUUGAACAAUAACCCCCAGCCUCCUCACCAGCACAACAACAUGCAACUUAGCGAAGUCCAUAGGAACUCUGUUGUUCAGGAUUUGAAUAUCCAUCUUACCCAGCUGUUAAGCCAGCUCGAAGCUGAGAAAAAGAAGACCGAGGAGCUAAAGAAAAUAAGAGAAACCACUAAAGCCCUAGGGCAUUGGUGGGAAGAUCCCAUUGAAGAACUUGCUUUUAAUCAACUCAGAGGAUUCAAAGGUAACCUUGAGAAUUUGAAGAAAAUUGUUACACAUGAAGCUUCCAAAUUUUUUCAGGCAAAUGUCCCAAACUACUACGUCGGAAGCUCUAGUAAUGCUGCUUUUGGGAUGGACGAUGGGAGUCGUAUCAACCCUGAUAUGGACAUGUUUAGUCAAAGAAGAAUGGUGGACAUCAAUGCUUUCAACUACAGCCAGAACUCGAUGCACCCUAGUCAUGCAUUGCCGUUUGGAUACAAUACUCAUGGUGAAAGCUUUGUUUCAGAAUACAACAUGAACUACCGACCAGAGUAUAAUAAUCUGAACCAGAACCAGAGUUUUAAGAGAGAAAACAUCUCUGAAUAUGAAUAUCAUCAUGGCCAAGGACCUCAGGGUCAUCCUCAUCCUCAUCCUCCACACUCUAGGUCUGGUUACUAA